AUGGUGUCGGAAGAGGAGGGCAUCAGCCCGCGCAAAAGGCGGAAGAUUGGCCCUCCAAAAGCUGCACCUUAUGUGUUCCGGUCCCUCUUCGACCAGGUGCCCUUGAAUGCGGACAAUGAUGACGAUGAUGUCCAUAUAACCUGCGUCGAGUAUUGGAAUGACAAUCUAUACAUUGGUACCUCUGCCGCCGAGAUCCUGCAUUUCGUCUGCCUCCCACCGGACCCCUCGGACAAGUCGAACGAGCCGUCAUUCAUCCUCGCUUCAAGACUACCAAUCCCUUUCUCCCAAACAGCAUCAGCAAAGCUCCUGGGGAUCCAGCAAAUUGUGUUACUGCCAACAGUAAACAAGGCAUGUGUGUUGUGCAAUGGAACGGCUACCUUCUACAUGUUGCCGGAACUCAGUCCGGCCUUCGGGAACACCAAGGUCAACAACUGUCGCUGGAUUGGCGGGCUGGAUCUGAACGCAGCGGAUGAGUCGGAAAACCCAGUUAUCAUGAUCGCGGCCCAAAAUCGGAUGAUGUUGGUCAGAAUUGGCGAUGAUGCUCGACGGAUAAGGAACAUCGAGUUUCCUGGCUGCCUGGUGGCGGCGCGGAGAGGCAUAAUCGCUUGCGCUGCUGAUACACAUGCGUACUCUCUAUUGGACGUGGAAAACCAACAGAAGAUCCAGCUCUUUCCUGUCUCAUUCUCCAGUGAGGCAUUCGAUUCGGGUCAUGGAGGAGACAGAUCCCCGUCGUCACCCUUCGCGACCUCGCCUCUGGAGAGCCACGCACAUGACCGAGGCUCCGGACCAAACCCGUUCGCGGGGAUGCUGCAGCCAAAUACUCAUACCUCACCUCAUGAUAGGUCUAGCUCUGUUACGCCAGAGCUGUCUCCUGCUGGAACCCCGCGACAAUCGAUUUCGAAAGACCGAGCCGGAAGUGCUUCUCCGAGAAUAUCCCCUACCCACUCGACCCGCGACUCCCAGUCAAGCCCCGAUGACCGAAAACCCCUUCCACCAAUACCGAAGCCUCCAAUCCAGCUGAAGCCUCACGUGCUAUCACCGACCUCGUCGGAGUUCUUGCUUGUCAGAGGAACCGAUACAACCGAGCCCGGAGUGGGCAUGUUUGUCAAUGUAGAUGGCGACGUGGUCCGUGGUACGAUAACAUUUCACAAAUAUCCCGAGUCGAUUGUGAUCGACAAGGGCGACGAAACCCACAUGAUACCAUCACCGGAGAAUACGCAGGAUGAGCUUCUUCUGGCUGUCAUUGAAUCAGAACAGGAUGGCCAGAGACGAAAGUUUCUCGAAGUACAGCUCUGGGAUGUCGAUCCCGGGGAGGCGGAGGACCACAAAACUUGGGUAGAAAUACCGUCGGCCAACGACAUGCAGACUACCCAUGCUGGUCUAUGCCAUACAAUCAGCCCAAGCAAGCUCGAGGUAUCUGAAUUGGGAAAUUUGCUACGUAUGGUCCGUCUAAAGACUCCGUUGUUGUCUCCCCAUGUACCGGCAGCCGACCCAAGAACGCAAUCAUCGAUCGAACAUCUCCAAAAAGAAAAAGAGCUCUUUGAGGCUCAGGAGUUGACUGACUCAGAAGGCUCGAAGGAGCGCGGUUGGGAAGCGGAUAGAAACGCCGAGGAAGCCAGGUUUGCGCGUGAAUUAGGCCAGACCCAAAGCAGCAUGGUGAUGUGGAACGGCAACCAGAUAUGGCGGGUGGUGAGAAAUCCACUGACCACACAGCUUAAUGAUGCUCUGCAGGCGGCUCAGGAGACAGGCGCUGGCGACUCCAAGGCCUUCCGGAAAGCAGUUGCCGAUAUCAUCCACCAUGUCCAGACCACAGAGCCCAAAUCAGAAUCGGAAUUCUUGGGCUUAAACUAUGUGAAGCAGAAAGCAAGCCUGCUUCUUUUCGCAGAUCUCAUCUUCAUGGACGCGGCUGUCCGAAGCGAUGCCAUCAUCGAUGACACAGAGCGAGCGCUCAUAGUUGGUGAACUGGACCCGCGUAUUGCGUUGCUGCUAGUUCCUCUCCUGCGACGCGAGGUUCUCCAAGGUCCACAGGGCAUCUGGGUUCAUGCUGGUCUUUCUGAGGUCACGGAAGCCUACGUGCAGCGGCUCGACAAGACGGAGAAUACCGGGGCUUCCGAUGCAGCAGUUCUGGAUAUGAUCAAGCGGUUCCUAUUAUCCUGGCAACAGAAGAGGGGAUAUGGCAGUAUUACGGAUGAAAAUUAUGUAUUCGACAGCGUCGAUGCAGCUCUUCUGCACCUGCUUCUGGAGCAGGAUGCACAGAUGUCAGCCGACCAACGCGCGCAGUCGUCCAUCCGCGCGGAACUCAACCGUCUAGUGGACAACUGGAAGGGUAGCUUUGACCGGGCCGUGGCGCUGCUGGAAAGCUACCGGCGCUUGUUUGUGCUCAGCCGAUUGUAUCAGAGCCACAGAAUGUCGGGGAAUGUCCUCAAGACCUGGCGACGGAUUAUCGAUGGCGAGGAGGACCGUGGUGGUGAGGUCACCGUGGGUGGGACCGAAGCGCAGAUGCGACGGUACUUGGUCAAGAUCAAGGACGCGCAGUUGGUGGAGGAGUAUGGAGCAUGGCUGGCCCAGCGCAAUCCCAACCUGGGUAUUCAAGUGUUCUCCGACGGCACGAGCCGGGUGAAACUGGAGACUACGGAUGUGGUCAGCUUGCUCAAAGAGCGCGCGCCAAAUGCGGUGCAGGUGUAUUUGGAGCACCUCGUUUUCGUCCGAAAUCACACUCAAUACGCGGACGACCUCCUCUCCUACUACCUGGACACCGUACUCUCCGUGCUCGAGUCUUCCCCAGAAGCGCGUGCAUCACUCGCAGAAUCCUACUCUACGUACCGCGCCCUGCAGCCGCCCAAACCCACCUACAUGAACUUCAUCACCGAAAACACCCCUGCCGAGCCAUGGUGGCAAUCACGGCUCCGCCUUCUUCAACUCCUCGGAGGCGGCAGCGGCGGGCACUUCACCUCCCUGCCCGCGCGCAAUCUGACAUACUCCAUCCCGGCGGUGCUGGCGCGGAUCGAGCCGUUCCAGAACGAACUGGUAUCAGAAUCAGUGAUUCUAGACGGACUACAAGGUCGACACCGCGAGGCGCUUCACCUGCUCACCCACGGACUAGGCGACUACGACUCCGCCGUACGAUACUGCCUCUUCGGCGGCCCGCGCAGCACCAGCACGACAGGAGCGCUGGUCGAAUUCGCCGAGCGAUCCCUGCAAUCAGAGCUCUUCCGGUACCUGCUGGACGAGUUCCUGCAGAUCCAGGAUCCGUCAGAGCGGCUCGAGCGGACGAGCGACCUGCUAGGACGAUUCGCGGCGUGGUUCGACGUGGGCGAGGUGCUGCGUGUCGUGCCGGACGAGUGGAGCGUGGACCUCCUGAGCGGGUUCCUGGGCCACGUGUUCCGGGUGCUGAUUGCUGAGGGACGCGAAGUGCGGAUCGAACGGGCGUUGAGCGCAGGGCUGAACCUGCGCAUUGGGACAGAGUAUAUCGCAGGAGUGGAGAAGGUCGGUGGCUGGGUGGAAGAUGAGAGUGGACUGCGACGAUUGAAGGAUGGUGCGGCAGCAGUGGAGGGAAGUGACUUUGGAGAGAUGGUGAAUGCAGAAGCAGAAGCCAACACCAAUGUCCACGAUAAUGAAUGA